GUCGGCUGUUGGCCGCUGUGGCAUCAGACUGGCAGGCAAGACGAUGGACAAGGAGGUGGUGCGUCGGACGGAAGAGCCCGUGCUGGAGCACUUCGUGCCGGAUUCGAUCGCGCCGUUCUUUGGCCUCCUCGUUGGCCUUGUGUCGUCGUUGCUGCUGACGGUCGUCGUGUUGUACAUUUGUGUUCGGUUCUGUUCGUUCCGCGCGGCGGCGGUGUUUCAAGAAUCGUCGUACCACACCGAGGACAGUCCUGCAAGCGAGAACGAGGAGCCCGCGCGGUCGUCUGGCCCGUUUUGGAGGACCUCUUUGUUUCGUCGCACGUCGGCGACCCCGUCCAUAAACACGGACGUGAUGCACGUGGCCCUCGGAGAAUCGCAGAACCUACCCGUGUUUGGCGUGCGCCUCAGCACCGUGCUGGACUGGAAAGACCUCGAACGAUAUCGCCUCAACAGCUCCAACCUGCACCUUAUCCAACGAAUCGCAUCGGGCGGCUUUGGGUCGGUCUGGCUCGGCAAGUACGACCAGAACGACGUGGCGGUCAAGCUGUUGGCGUCCGGCCGCAUCAAAACCCAAGAUUCCAUGCAGCGCUUCAUCAAUGAAGUCAAGUUGCUGGCGAGGCUUCAGCACCCGAACGUUGUCGAGUUUAUUGGAGCGUGCUGGCAAUCGCUCGAUACGGUGCACCUUGUCGUUGAGUACAUGAACAUGGGGGACCUGAAGGAUCACUUGGACCGACAUGCCACCAUGCCGUGGCAGCACAAACUCCAGUGCGCCGUCGACGUCGCGGAAGGGCUGAGCUACCUGCACCACCUCGAAGUCAUCCACCGGGACCUCAAGUCCCGCAACGUCCUCAUGGACUCGCACAAACCGUGCAAGCUGUCUGACUUUGGCAUUUCGCGCAAAGUCGUGUCGACCACGAUGAGCCAGGAAGUUGGGACGUUCCUGUGGGCCGCCCCGGAAGCUCUCAAUGGGAGCCAGCUCACCGUGGCCGCUGACAUUUACAGCUUUGGAAUGAUCUUGUCCGAGCUGGAUACGCAUCGAGUCCCGUUUGAUGGUCUCGCGACCGAAUAUGGCGACGUUCUCGUCCCCAUGGCAAUUGUGAUGAAAGUCAUGGAGGGCGAGCUCCAAGUUCAGCCGUCGCCGGGCUGUCCGUUGCCAAUUGCGCUCAUCAUGAAAGCGUGCACGCAGCAUGACCCGAAGCUGCGCCCGACGGCGAACGAGCUCCUGGACACGUUGCGGACUUUGCGCCUUUGAUGUCACCGCCAACUCUUCCCUAGCAUGCAAUGGAAUUAUCGGCUCGUUCUGCCUGGGGGUCACGGCGUGCUCGUGCCACGGGCAUGACACACUGCCCUUCUGUCGUGGGGAUUUGAAUUGGAUCCAUGCGAAAGAACUCGCCGUGCUGCCGUUUGGUCGAUUGCGAGCCAUGUUGAUGCUCAAAUCUAUCUGAAUGUGCCCAGCGUCCGGCAUCAACUCCAUGGAUCUACUGCCACGACAAUUUACUUUCGAUCGAAGGCGUGAUUGAGAGUUCGUGCCGUACCUGAUGGCGCAGCUAUCUCUGACCGCCCCAAGGCCAACACGUACAGCGAAGCUCGUGCGGGCCGCGGAUGAUGGGCGUCGCAUGCCGUCGAGAAACUCGACCAAAGCCAGGCUUCAGUCGCGGGACGAUGCGGGCGACGCAUACCGAUACGCGUUGGACAGGAUUUGGACAAUGCAUGGCGGAUCGGUGGCCCUCUACGCCACCGAUAGGUCUGCGAAUCCACUGGACGCAGUCCUCGUUGGUUGCCAGCCACCACUACGUUGGGAGGCUGUUGAAGUCAUCCUUGAAGCACAACGUCCGACUGGCCACGAUCGUCGUGUUGGUAUGCACCGUUCCAUUGACGCGGAUGUAGCAGUUGUCAGUCGAGUCGGCACAGGCGACGGAAGCCGCGACGAAGACAACGGAGAUUUGUCAGCGCUGGCCUUCAUGGUCAACGGCUUCUCACUAGAUGUGACGCACUCGUGCGAUGGCGUCUUAGAUGCUCCAUGUAGUAAGCGUGAUGAAAAGUUUUUAAGGUUGUGGUCAAACGGCAACCGUAC